AACGUACAUAUAGCCGUCCUUUUUAUCCAUCGGGCAUGUGCGUAUAUUAUAUUGAAUUAUGUAUUGCGCAAUAGGCGGCUAUGGAUUUUCGCACACUAGCGAAACAGUUGAUCAUAACAAGCAAAACAGUGCAGUGCUAGAGACUGGAGACAAGUAGAACAUUGGAACAAAAGAUAUUGGUGAGAGAGAGAACUAGUGUGAGAACAGGGACGACAAAAAUUGCGCAUUCGGUACGUGGGGCCCCCUAAUUGCAUUUUUCGUACGGUUUGUUUCUUGUUAAAUCGCUGUUCUAUACUGGUUAAAGUUUUCCAAAAAUUUUUGCUAACAUUGUGAUGGGGUGAAUAAUACACAAUAGUCCCCACGUACGCCCACGUGAGUUUUGUGUUUCGUUUUGGUGAUUACGGAAUUUAAUUUUCCAUUAAGUACCUGCAUAGUAAAAAUAAAAAAAAAACCGAAAAUGUUCAUAUACGUAUUAUACAAUCAUCAUGUCAUACAACGCGGUGGAAUGAAGUUUAUUGUGUCCCAAUAAUGAAGCAUCUGUCAGAUGGGGUUGAACAAAGACUCAGAAAUGUCAUUUUCAAGGGCAAGGUUAGUGUUUACUUUUACAUCUGUGUUCGUAUAUACAGUGAGCCGACUUCACUGUGAAAGUGAAUCUUUCAAAAUGGAUCUCAUUUUGGAUAUAAAUUCUUGGCUGUACCCCAUGGAGUUGGGCGAUAAAUUCCGUUUAGUGCUUGCAACAACCUUGAGAGAGGACGGGUACCCUGACGGGGUCGACUGGAACCCGUUGGGGUUGGAAAGCGAGGGAUCGCGAGCGGAUAGCUUUGAGUACGUCAUGUCCGGAAAAGUUUACAGGAUUGAAGGGGAUGAAGCUACUGUUGAACCGUCGAGCAGAUUGUAAGUACUUUUUUAAAAUAUUUACUUAAUUUAUUGACUAAUAGUAUAUCUGCCGCGUAUUAUUAGGUAAAAAUAAGUGUAUUUAUAAAAUAAAUUGACAGUCUAAUACAAGGAGUUGUUCCCACUAAACACAACAGGAAUUUCAGUUAAACUUUGUGAAUAUAUGAUACACAGUGUAAACUCUUUAUAA